AUGAAACCGCCACCAAGUGGAGCUGGAGCAAAAAAAAAGGCAUGCUAUUUGGAAAACGCCAUGCAUUUUUGUUUGCCUUUUAUAAAAACAUCCGCUCCUCCAUCAACCGGAAAUUUGCCACCAGUACCUCUCAACUCACCUGGUGAAGUUGUAGAAAACACAGAAAUAUUUGAGGAUAGUGCAUCUCAAAUGGAUUUGUCGCAAGAAUUUGUACCUACACAAACAUUAUUCCCUGACUCUCCAGUAAUGUCACCGUUUCAACUUAGUAAUUCAACCGAGAAUUUAACACCAUCUCAACAAACAAUUGAUCCACCGGUACAGUUAUCAUCGUCCACUCAAGCCAGUAAAAAAUGUACUUUGAAAAAAAAAACAUCAGCAGCAGACGCAGAUCGUUCUAUAACUGAAUAUUUUAAUGCCAAGCGAGCAAGGUUGCAGAUAAAUGAAGCAGAGAAUAGCUCUCAAAAAAUUGAUAGACAACAAGGUAUCAAAAUGUUUCUACUCAGUCUAAUACCAGAAUUGGAAGAUUUAAGUGAUUCUCAAAUCAAAUUAUUCAAACGACGAGUUUUUAACAUUAUUGACGAUAUAUCAACUCCGCUGCAGUACCAGCCACAGGUAUCAACUUUCCAAACAAUGAUCCCAUCGGUGCCUGAUUCCUCUCAAAUGUCUCACAUGUCACCAACAACAGAUUUUUACAAUGAUUUUUCACAGAGUCUACAUGAUUCAGACAGUAUAUAA